AACAAUACACUAGCUGUGUGGGGAAAUGAGAAGACAAUGAAUUUAAAUAAUCUUAUUUUAACCAAUAUCCAAUCCUCACCAUAUUUUAAGAUUAAUUUAUUUAAUUUAAAAACAUAUCAUGAAGUUAUUGAUGAAAUAUAUUAUAAGGUGUCACAUCUUGAGCCAUGGGAAAAAGGAAGUAGAAAAACUGCUGGUCAAACAGGCAUGUGUGGUGGGGUACGUGGUGUUGGAGCUGGGGGAAUAGUUUCUAGUGCUUAUUGUUUAUUAUAUAAACUUUAUACAUUAAAACUAACAAGGAAACAACUAAAUGGUUUAUUAACACAUUCAGAUUCUCCGUAUAUCAGGGGACUAGGAUUUAUGUAUAUUAGAUAUACACAGCCCCCAGCAGAUCUAUGGGAAUGGUAUGAACCUUAUUUUGAUGAUGAUGAGGAAGUUGAUGUAAAGGCUGGUGGAGGACAUGUUAUGUUAAUUGGUGAAAUGAUACGACAAUGGUUAGUAAAGUUAGAAUGGUAUUCAACUUUAUUUCCUCGUAUACCAGUACCAAUACAGAAAGAUAUAGAUAGUAAAAUU